AUGGUCGGCCCACCCAUCAGCUCCCGCGAUCGCCUUCGUCACCAGCACGACCCGCUGGUCACGCCUUCGGACGAGGACAUAGUCCAGCAGGUGCCACUGACGCGACCGAGGACGCCUCCAGGUGGCCUUGUCUCGCUCGGGCAGACAGAAGAACGUGUUCGUCAGGAUAAGGCGGUGUUCUGCACAGGUGUGGAGAAGCAGCAGACCGUUGUCGUUGGAGCCGCGGAGACCGUGGGGACCCAGCACUCCCCUUCAGGCAGUAUGGUCUGUUCCGACGCGGGCGUUGAAGACACCGAGGACAAUCAGCUUGUCCGCCUUCGACACAGUCGCCAAGAGGGCAUGCAGAUCCUCGUAGAAUUUGUCGCUGACGGUUUCGGGGUUGGUCAUCGUCGGAGCGUAGGCGCUGAUAAUGGUGGCGAAUUUGCCUCCCCAGAGAGGCAGGCGGAGGCUCAUCAGGCGGUCGUUGAUGCCCUGCGGCAAACAGGGCAGUGGUCACACGAUGUCUUUCCGGAUGGCGAAGGCGACGCCCGCGUCCCGUCGCUCUGUCAUUGGUAG